AUGUUGCUACCUAGACCUAGCGUAAUGAAAUGUAAAUCGUCGGUCGUGAAUUGUGGUGAAGUCAAUAUUAAAAGAUCGGUGGAUAUUCAACAGUUUAAAUUUAGUUGCAAUCAAGGAAAAGUGACAGAGUUCCGACAGUUCAAGGUAUUAAUAUUAACAACAGAGGUCUCCGUGUUGAACAAGAAACUGACACAAAAUUUAACUCUAUGGAGCUUAGCAAAUACGGCGAAUUCAUUAAAUAAAAGAACUCGUUUAGUUUAG